AUGUCGAUGAAUGAUGAUCUCUGGUCCGUAGCAAGGCAAAGACUAGCCUUCAUCAGCGAGGGCCUACAAAACGGCCCGGCUUUGGAUAACUCACAAGUUAUGCUGGCCCGACAAUUCCUCGCCAGGGAGGCCUUGAAUAUAAAGAGCUAUGCUCUAUCACUAGCGUCUCUGAAGAAUCGACUUACCCCCAUCUCCCGCCUUCCGCCCGAAAUCAUCACUGCCAUCUUCGCUCACGUCGCGCCACUCAUGGAUUCACGCACCAGCGACGAAGCCGCAGCGUGGAUUGGGCUGUCCAAAGAGUCUUGCGAGAGCCAUUUUGACGAGUGGAGAGAGCAAGAGAUCCGGGAUAUCGAAUCUCUCAUCUCUGCGUCGCAGGUCUGUCGCCGCUGGAGAAUUAUCGCCCUACAUAGCGGGGGUUUGUGGGCUAAUCUAUGGACCGAGAACCCUCGAUGGAGAACGGAGAUGCAGGCGCGGGCAUCCACACGACAAGCUCCUCUGGAGAUAUAUCACCCUCGUGGCGAUGAAUACACUGCGUGGCUGCGUGGUGUGCUCGCUAGUGGCUUGCCCUACAGACGGUUAUGCAUCAACAUGUCCAGCGUCGACACUCUAGCAGAGGUACUGUCGCAGCCUGCACCCUGGCUGGAAGUCGCACACAUAGAAUGCGACUCCCGAGACGAUAAAUAUGACUAUCAAGAUGAUCCUGAAGAAACCCCCAUUCCUUCUGACCUGUUUGCCGGGAUUGCCCCGCGAUUACGACAUCUGCGUAUCGAAGGAAAUUAUUACCUCGGCGACAUACUUCGAUCUCCCAUUGUGCACAACCUGAAGUAUCUCGAGCUGGUAACCGAUGAUGCAAGGCCAUGGUCCCUCCUUCCAUCUACCCUUGAUCUCCUCCAUGCGCUCAAUCAGAUGCCCCGCCUGCAAAUAUUGAACAUCGAGUGUUGUCACCCUAUAGAGCCUCUUCAGCUGCGUACUUCUACCACGUCUCACCAUCGUUCCACCGAUCUCUUUCUAUUUCCCAACAUCUCCCGUUUCAGCCUGCGUGGUGACGCGGCAGGAUGCGCCAAUUUCGCCCAAUAUAUACGUCUUCACCCCGAAUGCCGUCUGGAGUACUGGAUGGUCUAUGACCACUACGAGGACGAGUACGCAGCUUCCGAUACCGUAUCCCCUCUCUUCAGCGUCAUUCCGGACUCUCCAGAAAUCCCCAUCCGCACAUUCUACAUGAGUGUCAGCUCUGGCGACCUGGAGCACGUAACGGCUUGUUGGGACACCCGUCUACCAGCCGAUGCCUUUCUUUCCGCUGGCAGCAGUCAUGCUGAUACAGUCAACAUGAAAACCGGCAAACGGAUUGACCUUGGUUAUCAGAGUGCGCACGAAAUACAGCCACAGGACUCUGUGGACUUGGCUUAUGAAGUGGUGACCAAGGUCUUGCAGCAUUUGCGCUUGGAGACGCUACAGGACCUCGUCAUCGAUCAGAAGGGGACUAUAGAAAUGGAACGGUUCGGUUUUUGGCCUGCUGUGCUACGUCUUCUGUCAUCAGUGGAGAAGUUGGUUCUCUGUCGAUCCGCUUCGUAUUGUUUGCCCAUCCUCCACUUGAUUGCCUCGCCGGUGCAUUUCGCAUCGUACUUCGAGCCCGCCAACAGUCCUAUCCUGACAUGGUCGACAAAGAGCAGUCCUCCUGUUCCGGACGAUAAUCCAAAGGCAACAACUGACAUUCCAAUUCUUCUUCCGCUCUUGUCCUCUCUCUAUCUCAGAGAAUGGAAAUUCGAUCCCACCGCUCCCCUUCCCCAAGAAUUCCUCGAGUGCCUGCGAGCCAUCGCUGCUCGACCAAGACGUGAAGACAAUGGUCUCGCGCUCCGCGAACUCCACCUCAUCGAUUGCGAGAUUACGGUAGAGCAGGUGCAGUCAUUGUGGGGUAUGGGGAUCGCGGACUCGGUUGAGUGGGACGGGAAGACGGAAGGGACGGAUGUCCUAUCAACGAACACCGAUGGCGAGUCGGACGAUGACGAGGCGGACGAUGACGAGUCGGACGAGUCAGUUCAAAUGUAG